CCUGUGUGUCCCCCUCUCUGGAGGCAGCACAUGGGAGAGCCUGGGAUGCCAACCCCACGCCCGGGGCCUGCGGUGCCGUGUGCGUGCACCUGGCCCGGCAGUGCUUCAUGUGGCCAGCACCUGGCUCACGCCGUUACCCCCAGUCGCACACACAGACCCACAUUCACACACACGGCAACUUCAGGAGCACGAGACACUACACACAAAACAGCCACCUAAGCAUGUGCGACUCGCAGCCUUGGGGACCCCACACUCAAAAUCUCUGACCCCUCGGUCUCUCCAGGGGUCUCUGAGCCACAGGGAAGCCCAGGCUCUCCGGGUCCAGGAACCAGGUUUUCUCCUCCUCUGCCUUCAAAGGCCUCGUAGGUCGCUCAAAGCAGUGGGGGUCCAGUCGCUGUGUGCCCAGGCAGUGGCCGCCUGGCUUUGGGGCUGCGGGCUCCCCUUCUCCCCUGGCAAAGCUGCCAGAAGAGAAUCCCAGGGCUUACUUGGAAAUCAUGAUAAAGUGCAGAGGUCAAGCUCGUUCCAGCCCAGAACUUUAUCGGCUACAAUGAGGGCAGGAAGACAGGGGGACAGGGAUGACGAGGGGCCCUGCACCCCUUGCUACAGCACAGGAGUACAGGUGCCGGCACUUGACUCUCCGGCCCCCAGGCCCUUGGGCCCCUGGGCCUGCUUCUCCAUCUGAUUCCUAAGGGUGGACCACGUCCAGCCUUCAAAAGUCACUUUGAAAAACAGUUUUUUUAUGUGACUUUGAACAAGGAGAGCCUGGGGUGUAAAAUGCAGGUUCCAGGCUGUCCCCCUGGAAUUCUGAUGCUGGGGCGAGGAAGCUGCAUUCUUUCCAGGACUAGCCAAUUCUGUUGCCUGUGUCUGGUGGCCGCACUUAAAGACCCACCGAGCCCUGGUGCCUACGGCCCCUCCCAGCAUGGAGAGGCUCCAGCUUUGCAAAAGUGAAAACUGCAGGAAGCUCCCGCCUCGGCCUGCCUCCUGCUCAUGCUCCUGGCGCUGCCCCCAGCAGCUGCCAGCUGCCCCAUGCUCUGUACCUGCUACUCGUCCCCGCCCACCGUGAGCUGCCAGGCCAACAACUUCUCCUCCGUGCCGCUGUCCCUGCCACCCAGCACGCAGCGACUCUUCCUGCAGAACAACCUCAUCCGCACGCUGCGGCCGGGCACCUUCGGGCCCAACCUGCUCACCCUGUGGCUCUUCUCCAACAACCUCUCCACCAUCUACCCGGGCACCUUCCGCCACCUGCAAGCUCUGGAGGAGCUGGACCUCGGUGACAACCGGCACCUGCGCUCCCUGGAGCCCGACACCUUCCAGGGCCUGGAGCGGCUGCAGUCGCUGCAUCUGUACCGCUGCCAGCUGAGCAGCCUGCCGGGCAACAUCUUCCGAGGCCUGGUCAGCCUGCAGUACCUCUACCUCCAGGAGAACAGCCUGCUCCACCUGCAGGAUGACCUGUUCGUGGACCUGGCCAACCUGAGCCACCUCUUCCUCCACGGGAACCGCCUGCGGCUGCUCACGGAGCACGUGUUCCGCGGCCUGGGCAGCUUGGACCGGCUGCUGCUGCACGGGAACCGGCUGCAGGGCGUGCACCGCGCGGCCUUCCGCGGCCUCAGCCGCCUCACCAUCCUCUACCUGUUCAACAACAGCCUGGCCUCGCUGCCGGGCGAGGCGCUGGCCGACCUGCCCGCGCUCGAGUUCCUGCGGCUCAACGCCAACCCCUGGGCGUGCGACUGCCGCGCGCGGCCGCUCUGGGCCUGGUUCCAGCGCGCGCGCGUGUCCAGCUCCGACGUGACCUGCGCCACCCCGCCCGAGCGCCAGGGCCGAGACCUGCGCGCGCUCCGCGAGGCCGACUUCCAGGCGUGCCCGCCCGCGGCGCCCACGCGGCCCGGCAGCCGCGCCCGCGGCAACAGCUCCUCCAACCACCUGUACGGGGUGGCCGAGGCCGGGGCGCCCCCCGCCGACCCCUCCACCCUCUACCGAGACCUGCCCGCCGAAGACUCGCGGGGGCGCCAGGGCGGGGACGCGCCCACCGAGGACGACUACUGGGGGAGCUACGGGGGCGAGGACCAGCGUGGGGAGCAGACGUGCCCCGGCGCGGCCUGCCAGGCGCCCCCGGACUCCCGCGGCCCCGCGCUCGCGGCCGGGCUCCCCAGCCCCCUGCUUUGCCUCUUGCUCCUGGCGCCCCACCACCUCUGACUGCGGUGCUGAGGCUGAAGAGGCCGGUGUCCACCCCCCAACACACCUCUCACCCCAGAACUGCGGCUCUGGCCCCAGCCCCCGCUCCCCUCCCCCUGCCGACUCGCUGCCUUCCUCCCUCCCUCCCCCACCCCUGCCCCUCUCCUCCUCUGAGACCAGGCCGCCUCCCCCUACCUCCUGGGCUGUCCUGACUUUUGGCAGCCCCAAGGGGGCGUGUAUGGCGGCUCAGCCCUGUUCUCCCCAACUCUGGCCAUUAAGUCUUCCCCAUCCCAAGGCUGGGGUGGGGCACCCCAGGCAGCCGCUGACCCCUCUCCCCGGGCCCACAGCGGACGCCAGAGGGGCUUUCGCCUGCAGAGCAUCUUCCACCAGCAGAGCCUUCGGAAGCUCCCCCAGGGGAGCCCCACCCAGGACCCUUUGGAGGGAUGCCUCAGUCAGGGCCAGGCUGCCCCUGGGCCGUGCUUCUCCUAGCCCCCCGACCUCCUGACACUGGAGGAAUACUUUUCUCCUAAGUCUACCCUGGACACUUUUUAGGGUGCCUGGAGAGAACUUUCCUCUCCACUGUGGCCCCUGUGUGGUGAAGAUCAAAAGAAGUUGUUUGGGAAAAAAAAUUUAUUAAAAAAUUCUAUUAUUUUA